AUGCCACCUUCUGACCUGUACUGCCCCAUGUGUCAAGAUGUGGAGGACGUCAAGUUUGUCAUCAAUUACGACUACCCCAACUCGUCGGAGGACUACAUCCACCGCAUCGGCCGCACGGCCCGCAGCACCAACAAGGGCACGGCCUACACCUUCUUCACCCCCGGGAACCAGCGGCAGGGCCGGGAGCUGAUCCGGGUUCUGGAGGAGGCCCGGCAGGCCAUCAACCCCAAGCUGCUGCAGCUGGUGGACACCGGCCGCGGGGGAGGCUCCGGAGGCGGGCGCUCCCGUUUCCGCGGCUCCAAUUCCGACUCCAACAACCCCAACCUGAUGUACCAGGAGGAAUGCGACAGAAGGAUGCGCUCGGUCGGCGGCGGCGGCGGGGGGGGCAGCUCCAAGGACGGCCGAGGCAACGGCUACGGCCGAUCCGGACACAGCCGGGACGGUGAACGCUCCUCUUCGUCCUCCUCCUCCUCCUACAGGGACCGCAGCAGCCGGGACGGAGAACGCAGCUACGGGGCCGGAUCCACCGAGCAGUUCCAGAAUAAUAACGGCUCCGGAUCGGGGUCGGGGCAAGCCCUGCCCCCUUCGUCCGGCCCGCAGCCUUUAAUGGCCCAGCAGAUCAACCUGCCCCAGCCCAUGAUGGGCCUGAUGGGGCACUCAUCAUACCAGUUCACUCCCACUCCACCCUCCCUCUCAGGGCAAAAAUAA